AUGUACUGUGAUUUACCAUGUCUAAAUCCCGUCGUAGACUGCGACAUUUGUGGACAUGCCCCGGAUUCGUCAGACGAUGACAGUGAUGACAUUAAUGACGGACUAAUGGACGAGCAGGAAAGUGACAGUGACAGUGACGAAUCAAUGAUGGCGGGGAGCGACAACGACGACCAGGAUGUACUUGUAGAGGGAGACAUUGUAAUGCAGGAGGACGGCGAGACUGAGAGCGACUCAGAUAGCGAUCAGGGCGAGCAUCAGUACUGGGUGGACGAAGACGAGGACGAGGACAUACUUUCCCCGCCGAAUUCACCACCAGAAUCACCACCUCAGAUGUUUCCCGACUCCACAACGGACGAUUAA